CCUGUUGCAUACUAUCGUCCUAUUGCCGCCAGUCACCAACACAUCGUAAAGGGUUCCAAAGUUGAUGAGAUAGCUGGGUACACUGUGGGGGUGACUCGACCUUCCACAGGUACACACAAGCACAACCCCUCAGCACUGGCCGUUUGAGGGUUCACCGAGAGCGACCGCUAAUAUGCACGAGAGAGGUCGCUUUCAUCUCGACAUCCCCAAAUCAUGUCCCUUUACCAUCUCCAAAAUCAGCUUAAACUCCCAAUCCAGCUACGAUACCUGGCUCAUUCGCGAACAUGACCAGUAUGGUGAAUAUCCGCAUAUAUACGCCAAGAUAUGCCAGACUUCAUCACAGCACUCACGGUCAUGCGAUCAGCAGGGAAGUAGGGACGAUACUUGGGAGACAGUCGAGAAUCACGGUCAAGAUGAUCAUGCUGCAGACAAGGUCAUCAUUCUCAGCGAUACAGGCUGUGGAACAGAGGUUCCCAACAUGACCAUGACUCAAUCCUCCUCUUUGGCAAGCAACAACCAAACCCCAUCCAAAGCUCGCACACGCCAAAGUCCUGGCGUCUGGAACCUGCGCACUUUUCUCGAAUACACAAUCAACCCAGAUGGGCGGAUUCCGUAUCUCGUCCUGACAACUCACUGCCACUACGACCACAUUUUAGGACUAGCGAAGCUACCUUCGACAGCUGCUGAAUCUGGCCUGGCGCCUGGGGACCAGCAGAGACAUCGCCCAUCUACAACAGUCCUAACCUCGUCGCACGACAAGUCCUUCGUGACACCGUACUCGAAUCUCCAGAAACACAGCCUCUGCGGGUCCGUGGGCCUCGACGCACCAACAUAUACCAUCACCUGGGCUCCGGACAUGUCGGUCGUCACAUGGCAUCAGUCUACUGGACUCAGGUGCGGCAUUCCCACGCCCAUCACCGUGUUACACACUCCCGGACACACUCCCGACUCGCUGUCAUGGUACGAUGCAGACCUCCGCCUUCUUUGUGUUGGCGAUACCUUCUAUGUCAAGGAGACGGACACGACCCGUGAAUCACCUUGGGGUCCCGAACCGCCGAUGCCCACAAUCUUUCCGUCAGAAGGUAAUGUCACCGACUUGUGGCAGACACUGAAAAAGCUUCUCGACUUUGUCCAGGCGCGGAACAAGGAGCUGUCAUCCCAGAAGCAGAAUGUCGUACGGCGUCACAGCCACAGAUGCGCUGGCCGGGAUCAGUGCGGCUUCAAUCACCAUGACCAAGGUGACGUGCCAGAGCCUCUUUUCCGAGAUGAGACGGCGAAGUCGCGCGUCGAAGACGAUUGGCUCUUCGUCGACCUCCCUCGUGGGCCUCCACGAGUCCGCCUCGCAGCGGCACAUACCACGGUCUCUGUCGACGCCGAAGCCGCCAUCGUCUCCUUCGGUAAGUUCAUGGAACGCGUUCUGCGCGAUGAAAUACCCAAGGUGCGAGUAGAGGAUGGCGGUCAUGGCGAGGAACGUUGGCUGUGGGACUAUGCGCUGCAGGGUGACGGCCAGGCUUGCAAACACGGCGAUGAAAGUAACGGCAACGCUUCCCCGAAGGGCGACUUGAGGUAUUUGUAUAGAUACAGCGUCAUGGCGCCGCUCAGGGUUAUUGAGGAGGGGAGGAAGAACGUUCUCCUUGACGGAUAUCUUACUGUCAACUGGUGAGUGUUUAUAGCCAAAUCAUAGCGAGAACGUUGGUCAGGUGCAGGAGACGUUCGGGCCAUUCUUGUGACUGAAAUGUCA